CCGCACAACUAAUCUGAUCUCGUGUGGGUCAGUUCAGCGAGAAUCCGAGCAGAAGCAAAGAUCAUCCCGUAAGAAAACACUCAUCCCAUAAGAAAACAGUCAGUGGAGCUCAGCUCUAGUGUUCAGUGUUAGUAGAUGAUACACUGACAGCUGGAGGAAACACCGACCCUUCAGGAGCAAACCCAGAGUCUUCUUCUUCAGCAGCAGCAGCAGCUAUGGAGAACAACCCAACAGAAAAAGCAUCAAAACACAAGAAUAGAUUUUGUGCAUUCUUCAAAAAGACAUGGCGUGCUGUGAAAAGCGGAGACAAGUGUCGACGUGGAGGCAACAGUGUGGUCCCUCAUCAGUCUGUGUCCGACACAGAUUCAGCUGAUCCUCAGUGUGGUCCGUCCGGCCUCGAACCAGCGGCACAUUGGCAUCUAGCUGAUCCACAGCCAGGUCCCUCCGGCCUUGAGCCAACAGCCCUACAGGAGCAAAGUGAUCCUCCACCGCGUCCAUCCAGCGUCACACCGGUGAACUGUGAUGAAGAACCAGCUGAUCCUGAGCCAGCUGAAGAAAAUCAAGCAAACAAGAAGAAGAAGAAACACAUCUGUGCAUUCUUCAAAAGAGCGUGGCGGGCUGUAAAACGUGCAGCAACACAACAGAAAAAGCACAACAAGGUGGCUCCACUUUGUCCACAGCUUGACACAGAUUCAGCUGAUUAUCAGCCGGAUCCAAACACUAUUGAGUCGACGGCUCUGCAGGAUCUCACUGAUCUUCAGCUGGAUCCAAACAUCAUUGAGUCGACGGCUCUACAGGAUCUCAAUGAUCUUCAGCUGGAUCCAAACAUCAUUGAGUCGACGGCUCUACAGGAUCUCAAUGAUCUUCAGCUGGAUCCAAACAUCAUUGAGUCGACUGCUCUACAGGAUCUCAAUGAUCUUCAGCUGGAUCCAAACAUCAUUGAGUCGACUGCUCUACAGGAUCUCAAUGAUCUUCAGCUGGAUCCAAACAUCAUUGAGUCGACGGCUCUACAGGAACCAGCUGAUCCUCCAGAAGAUCCUCAGUCUGGUUCAUCUGAGCCUGAUCAAGAUCCAGAUGUUUCAGAGAGGACAGCUGUCGUAGGAGCACCUGGUCUUGUGGCAGUGGGUCUGCAGGAUCCAGCUGAUCCUCUUCCAGGCCCGUCUGCUCUUGAUCCAGUAUCCCCCAAAUUUCCAGGUGCAUCCAAGUAUAGACGAAUCACAGAUCAAACCCAUUUCAGAGCAGCCUGUUUCACCGAUCCAACUCCUGUUCCUUUUGAUGAGAUUUAUGAAGUGGGAGAAGAGAUUGGAGAAGGAGGCUUCGGCACUGUGUAUGAGGGGAUUUCCAAAUUUCUACGUGAGCAGGUUGCCAUCAAAUUCAUCCCCAAGUGUGAAACAGACCGGUAUAUUGAAAUACCUGGCUGUUCAAAGCCGCUGUUUGCAGAAGUGGCUCUAAACUUGCUGCUGAAACGGCCUCCGUUAAGCCCCUACAUUGUGCACAUGCUGGAAUGGUUUGAAGAGGACGAUCAGUUCAUCCUGAUCCUGGAAUAUCCACAACCCUGCAAGGACUUGCUCAAAUUCAUGGUUAACAAUAUGCAGCGAGUGAACGAAUCACAGACUCGUAGGCUGAUGUACCAAGCGGUGCUCGGGGCCAAGCACUGUCUUGACCGAGGCGUCUUCCACCGUGACAUUAAGUUGAAUAACUUUCUGAUCAACACAAACACUAACCAAGUCAAACUGAUAGACUUCGGCUGCGGUGACCUCGUGAAAACAUCAGGGUACUUGGGUGAUUUUACAGGUGAGUUUGACGCUUUUUGUUACUGUUGCAGUAAGGCCUAA